AUGACAUUUCUUUUAGGUAAUGACUCCCUGGAAUUUGACCUUAGCACAAUUAAAGCUGCAACAAAAAACUUCGACACUACUAAUACUCUUGGUCAAGGUGGAUUUGGAAUUGUUUACCAGGGAAUACUUCCAAACGGGCAAGAAAUAGCUGUGAAAAGGCUCUCUAAAAACUCUGGACAAGGUGAUAAAGAGUUCAGGAAUGAAGUUCAAUUAGUAGCAAACCUUCAACACAAAAACCUUGUGAGACUCUUGGGCUUUUGCAUGAGAGAAGAUGAAAAGUUACUCAUCUAUGAGUUUGUGCCCAAUGCAAGCCUUGAUCGCUUCCUAUUUGAUCCAAUCAAACGUUCAAAUUUGAACUGGGAAGCACGUUACAAAAUCAUAGCUGGAAUUGCACGAGGGCUCGUAUAUCUCCAUGAGGAUUCUCGACUUAAAAUAAUACAUCGAGAUCUAAAAUCUAGUAAUAUCUUAUUAGAUAGUGAUUUAUGCCCCAAAAUUGCAGACUUUGGUAUGGCAAGACUCGUUGGAAUGGACGAAACACAUUUGGAAACAAGUAGAAUUGCUGGAACAUAUGGAUACAUGGCCCCUGAAUAUGUGCUGAAUGGACAGUUUUCAGUAAAGUCAGACGUAUAUAGUUAUGGUGUUCUAAUUCUUGAGAUUGUAAGUGGUCAAAGGAAUGGUAGCAAUUCCCAUCAAUUAGGAUAUUCUCAAGACCUUCUACGCCAUGCAUGGGAGCAUUGGGCUGCAGGGACACCAAUGGAGUUUGUGGAUUUUACUGUGAGAGAACGUUGCUCAAAAAAUGAAGCCCUAAGGAGCAUCCACAUCGGACUUUCAUGCAUCCAAGAUGAGCCAGCUCUUCGACCCUCCAUGGCAUCAGUUGUCCUUACUCUCCAGACUGACUCUCUAACUCUACCUGUUCCAUCUCCACCUGCAUUUCUUGCAAAUGGGAUGGGAAUGCACACAAGAGAGUAUUUUCAAAGAAGAAUCCUGUCGACGACAACCGCUUCAAUAUGA